AUGGCGAGCAGCAGCGGCAGCAGCAGCACCGCUACCACCACCUCUGACAUUGAGCACCACACGAUCCGCUUCUUCCAAGGCGCACGGCCUGACGCAGCCGCAAACUACGAGUUGCUCUCGCACCUUGGCCGCGGCGCCUACGGCGAGGUCUGGGCUGCGAAGGACCCCGACGACCACUCGGCCGCCGGCGGUGGCAAGGUGGCAAUCAAGAAGAUCAACAACGCGUUCUGCCAGGCGACGGAGGCGAAGCGGAUCCUGCGCGGGCUGCGGCUCCUCCGUCUCCCGGACACGUCCAAAAAAUGUCCCGGACAUGUCCCACAGGCGAAGCGGAUCCUGCGCGAGCUGCGGAUCCUCCGCCACCUCGACCACCCCAACAUCAUCAAGAUCCGCGAGUCCGAGUCCGCCUUCUCCGACCUGUGGGUCGUCUUUGACUUCGUCGACCUCGACUUGCGCAAGCUGAUCGCCUCCCCGCAGACAAUCACAGUGCCGCACGUUCAGUGGAUCUGCCACCAGAUGCUGGUCGGGCUGCAGUACCUCCACUCUGCACAUGUGCUGCACCGAGACCUCAAGCCUGCAAACGUGCUCCUCUCCGAGCGGUGCGAGGUCAAGUUGUGUGACUUUGGGCUGGCGCGUGCUGUGCAUGAGGGUCGGGCGACUGCGCGUGUUGUCGACGAGAGUGACUGGGCUCUCAACGAGCAGCGCGAGAGGGCGGCGCCCGCGCUCGCUCGCCGCGAGAACCCGCUCGAGCGCAAGCCGCCGCCGCAGAUCUCGCGCCAGAUGACGUCGCACGUGGUGACGCGCUGGUACCGCGCGCCCGAGCUGAUUCUGCUGCAGCGGUACACGGCAGCGAUCGACGCGAGGGUGGACCGCCGCGACCGGGGCGCCCUCUUCCCCGGCCGCUCCUGCUUGCCUCUCUCCCCCGUGGAGGACGACGCCAACCCCGAGCCGAACCUCGACCAGCUCAACGUCAUCUUUUCGGCGCUCGAGCACCGCUUCUUCGAGUCGAUGACAUACAGGAUCGACACGGAGGUCGCCGUGCGGCCCUGCCGAGUGCCGAGGAGUGACGACUCUUUCAUCGUCGGCAGGCUCGACACGAAGAUCGCCGUGCGGCCAGUCGACGCGGCGACCAUCGACUUCGAGCACGCCGAGCUUGUCCUCGCCGAGAUCGCGCACUACACGGCGGUCAACGCGGCGGCGCGCGGAGGGGCGGAGGCUGCGCGCGCGGAGCCGCGGUGGGCAGGCAACGAUCUGGAGGGCGGCGACGCGGGCGGAAGCGAGGCUGCGGCCGAGGAGGAGGCGGCUCAAGAUACGGCUUAG